GUUCCUCAUUCUGACCAGAAGCUCCGAAGCACAACUUCCUAGUACAGACACACAGUGUUUGUACAGAGACCCAGUGUGUGUUGCUGUACAGGAACAGUUGCUGCAGUCGCGCUUUCCUAUCAGCGAGAGGCAACCGAGCUGCAGGAUGGAGUCGUCGUGAAAUUAGGACUAUUUGAUCGACUGUAAAACGGCUCUAGAAGAUAACAGCAGCGAAAAGAGGUGGGCUGAAACAAGGGCUGUCCUCUGACCCGGAGCAUGGGCUGUGUGGGCUCCAAACAGGAGCACCCUAAGAAAGGAGGGGGAAAGGAGGAGGCCCCCAGCCGAACCCUGACCCCCCACUACGUCAAAGACCCCACCAUGGGGAACUCGGCUACCAAGCCGAGUAAAACACAAUCACCUUCAUCAACAUCGGAUGAAGCAGAGAGCAUUGCUACUGCAUUGUUUGACUAUGAGGGCAUCCAUGCGGAUGACUUGGGAUUCAAGAAGGGGGACAGGCUCAAGAUCUUACAGGAAUCAGGAGAGUGGUGGAGAGCUGUUUCCAUAAGCACAGGACAGGAAGGCUAUAUCCCUAGUAAUUAUGUAGCCAAGAACAAUCUGGAAACAGAAGAAUGGUUCUUUAAGGGCGUCAGCAGGAAGGACGCAGAGAGACAGCUGCUGCUCUCGGGGAACAAGACAGGGGCCUUCAUGAUCCGAGAUAGUGAGACAACUAAGGGAAGCUACUCAUUGUCUGUGAGAGAUGGCGAGAGCAAGUCAGGCGACACGGUCAAGCAUUAUAAGUUACGAACGCUGGACAACGGAGGAUUCUACAUCUCGCCUCGCAUCACCUUUAGCACCCUGCAGGAACUCGUCAGCCAUUAUAAGAAGCAGGGGGAUGGCCUGUGCCAGGUCCUGACCAACCCCUGCCAAAACCCCAAACCCCAGAAGCCCUGGGAGAAGGACGCCUGGGAGAUCCCCAGAGACCGCCUCAAGCUGGACAGGAGGCUGGGCGCUGGGCAGUUCGGGGAGGUCUGGAUGGCUACAUACAACAAGCACACCAAGGUAGCAGUGAAGACCAUGAAGCCCGGCAGCAUGUCAGUGGAGGCCUUCCUCAUGGAGGCCAACCUGAUGAAGUCUCUGCAGCACAACAACCUGGUCCGCCUCCACGCUGUGGUCUCAGAGGAGCCCAUCUAUAUCGUCACUGAGUAUAUGGAUAAAGGGAGUUUGCUUGAUUUUUUGAAGAGCGACGAGGGGAACCGUAUUCAGCUCCCAAAAUUGAUCGACUUCUGUGCUCAGAUUGCAGAGGGGAUGGCCUACAUCGAGCAGAGGAACUACAUCCAUCGAGACCUGCGAGCUGCCAACAUCCUCGUCAACAAAGAAUUAGUGUGCAAGAUUGCUGACUUUGGCCUUGCUCGCAUAAUCGAGGACAAUGAGUACACUGCCAGAGAGGGCGGAAAGUUUCCCAUCCGCUGGACUUCCCCUGAAGCCAUCAACUUCGGCUCCUUCACCAUCAAAUCUGAUGUCUGGUCAUUUGGUGUUUUGCUGACAGAAAUUAUCAGCUAUGGACGCACACCUUAUCCAGGUAUGACCAACCCAGAGGUGAUCAGCUCCCUGGAGAAAGGAUACCUCAUGCAGCGCCUGGAAUGCUGUCCCAAGGAACUCUACAACAUCAUGCUGGAGUGCUGGAAGACCAAGCCAGAGAACCGGCCUACCUUUGAAUACCUGCAGAGUGUUCUGGAAGACUUCUAUACGGCCACAGAGAGCCAGUACCAGCAGCAGCCAUGAGAGUUACAUAAAGGGUACAUUAGCCUAAUUUGAUAUGGCGUCACUUUCCUGUUCGGUUCUAUUUAUUUUGGACACACACACGCACACACACACACACACACACACACACACACACACACACACACACACACACACACACACACACACACACACACACACACACACACACACACACACACACAGGUAGCCUGAACUACAACAUCUUUACAGUGCAUCUUUACAGUGCUCUCUCUCUCUCGUUCAUCUCUUUCUCUACCUCUCUCUCUGUCUGAGCCACACUCUCUUUUUCGAUGACUAUUAUGCUCUGUAGCUGGCUAGACAAUAAACACACGUUAUUGGCUGUGAAUUGAUACAUCUUGUUAAUAUGGUGCACCACAUAUUGUAUACCAUCUGCAAUACUAUCUAAAUCUGCAAUUUCAAUUGGUGACAUGGAGAUGUCCGAAUGAUGCCCUCGUACUCACUGUGCAUCCAUAGAAUCAGCCACAAACUGCCAGCCACUGUAGUGUCAAUGGGAUCCUCUUGUUACAAGAUAAAUAGGUCAAUUAUUAACAACUCAUGUGGUAAAUGCGCUGUUGACCACAUAGUUUAGAAAACGUACACAUAUAAAGUCCAACGUAUGACAUGUAAUGUACAAACCAUAUUUUUUAUAAAAAAAAGGCUUAAUGUU